AUGAGCACCGCGUUGGAAAAUUUCGUCACAAUCACUCAUCAUGAUUUUAAUUGGCCAUACCCGGUACCACUCAUUGCGAAACCGGCACAACCACCGAUGAACACGGGAAUUCGAUUGUACACCCCCAGAAUCGACCCUGAGGAUUGCCCAUGCGACGCCCAUGGCCAGGAGAGUAGUAAAAAUAGAUACAAAUACCUAGCUGAGAAGGAACGACACAUAGUAGAUCAAUUGAUGAGAGUGAAUCGUGAAAUGAGGAAUCUCACGACAGCUAUGCUAGACAGCAACUGCGAGCCAAUGGACGAGACGAUGAAGAGUAUUUAUAAAACGGAUUACGCGAAGAGAGGAUUGCCUAUCAAAGAGUACAGACAGAUGCAGGCUGCGGUCGAUUCACCCUACUGUUCACCAUUCCCGUCAGAAGUUACCGAAAUAAAGGAGGGCUACAGGGACCCAACGAGAUUUCGAUUCACUGCCAUCGAAAGACCGCACAUUCAGCCAGCCAAAACGAUCAAUUUGUUGCAAGUUCCAGAAGCUUUUUCUUUGUGGGAGACACCUUUUACUGGUCGCUCAGAAUACAUGGAUACUAUUAGUAAAAUGGCUCUAAGCAAUAUGAAAAAUCGACAGCAAUAUCUAGAACCGCUACCUUCGUCAAGAAGAAGAUUAGGGGACUGUAAAUUAUAA